AAAAAAAAUAUUCACACCGUCGGAGCCAAAAAGCAACAUCCCCGCGUCGUCGUUGCCGAAGAAGAAGGAGAUUGCCGCCGCGGCGCCGCCGCCUCACAAUGGGUUGCAUGAGCAGCAUUUCAAUGCUGCUGACUUUGAUUUUACUUGGAGCUGCUGUUUCUUCAGCUGAAGAGCCAAUUUAUGUCUACAACCAACAACCACUCAGCCGUGCCGGUGAUGCUUUCGUCCUCUCCGGUGGGAGUGGAGCCAUCAUCGCCGUCAAAAUGAUUCUUCCUCAGCCGUUCGCUUUGAUUGAUAUUCUAUCCUAUAUCAUCUUUGAAAAUGUCACGUUUUCGAGGGAUGUAACUGCCGGGGAUGAUUACGCAAAAGAUGAACCUUGCAGUGGAUUAGUAGAGGUGGUGAUUAUUGAGGUUAUCGCCGGUCGAGAGCAAAAUGUUACUUGCUGCACUCCAGAUGUUUCCAAAUUUCAUGGUUGUGAGAUUGGACAAGUUUACAUGCCGUCAGCAAAAAAUUUGCAAGUAAUUCGAGUUCAUUUUAGAGCAAACUCUGCUUAUGCAAGGAUGAAAAACAGGCGUGCAUACUUCAACGAGACUGGGAUAUACAAUUUGUUUUUUGUCUCUUGUGAUCCUGCCCUUAAAGGAUUGAAGGUUUCUGGCAAGACGAUUUGGAAGAAUGAGUGUGAUGUGUGCCUACCUGGUGAAGUUCAUUCUCUACGGUAUUUUUCCGUGUUUAUGAUGAUAGCUUAUAUUUUCCUCUUCUUCGUAUCGAACAUAUGUGAAUUGCAAUUCCAGAGCGACCUUAUUGUUCCCACUGUUUUAUCUGGUUUGCUUGGGAUGAUUGCUUGGGAAAAACUUUGUAAAAACUUUGAUGCAACCGUAUACGGAAGUAAGAACAAUUUGAAGACAUGGAUUCUUUCUAUAAGUUGGUUGACAGUUGUGCUUGCAUCCAUAAGAAAAACUUUACUCCGCCUCCUGAUUCUAUCAAUUGCCAAGGGAUCACGGUUUAGCCUAGUUCGCUCGGGUCUUGCUGGAUUUGCAGUUAUGUUUUUCGGUGUAAUAUAUUUUAGUUUCUAUAUGUGGAUGGAGAUGGCGGAAUACGAACGAAGCCCCUAUGACAAUGUCUUCUUGCCAUAUGUGGUAUUAAUUUUGGAUUUGGGAUUAAGCCUUUGGAUAUACAAGUCUCUAAGAAACACAAUGGAUCCACUUCAGAGGAGAAUAAACAAUGUGCAGGGGGAUAUUUACUGCAAAUUUCUCCUGGUGCUUGCAGUAACUUUUGUGGCACAUGUUGUUUUGUGGUGUAUUGAGCUCCGAUUCAAAGUUGGUGAUCGCUUUAAGGAGAAGUGGCAAUAUGCUUGGGUGUUUCAUGUGCUAUGGGAAAUAGGAGGAUUUGGUGUACUCAUAUGCUGUUUCUGGGUACUAAUGGAGCAUCAUUUGGAGUCAAGAGAAAUUGAGUUGCCGGUCCAUCAACAAUGAGUUUACAUGGCAGAGCUUGGAUAAAUGUAGCAAGGUGACCUCAUCGUACAUUUGUUGAGACUAGUUGUUAGGCAUCAAUUUUGUGGAGAACUUGGCCAGAUGCAUGUUCCAAACUGUGUAUACCUUAAAAGUCUAUAAUAACUUCAAAGAGGUAUCUGGAUCUAUGACUGAAACAACAUACGUUUAUAUCACAAUGUUGGAGUAAGACUAAGGAAAACAACCUCUUGAGGUGUUCUCUUGUCUUCUCCAUCCUAAUUUCAAAAAGCUGCG